AUGACGACAUCUCACACAACUCUCCGCCAAACAAUCGACGAAAUUUUAGCACAAAAAAAUGAGGCACGACUAUAUUUUUUGACACAAAUUCUCGAAUCUGCCAAAAAUGUUCGAACAAUUAGUGAUGCACAGGAGAUUUUGAAAAUAGACACAAAUUCGAAUAUCCUUCCAGCAGUUGCUGCACCUCCUGCACCUCCUCCUCCUCCCCCUCCACCACCAAUAUUUUUGGCACCAAAGAUUCCUGCGCAGGUUCCUGGGCCACCCCCGCCACCACCAAUGAUGAUGAAAAUUCCGGCUCCAAAUUUGAAAAUUCAAAAUUUGAAUGAGAUUCAGAAAAAUGUUGGAAAAGUUUUGAAGGAUGGUCAGUUUUUUUUUGGGUUAUCGUAGAGAAGUACUGUGAUUCAGUGCUGAAAAAAUAUCGAAGUUACUGUAAUUGUAAUAUGGCCAAAUCAGUUACAGUAAUCCGAACUGCAAAUGUUUCCAUUGUCCCUACUGUCAUUAAUAUCUACUUUCAGAAUGCCCUAAUUCAAUGGCGCCAAAAAAAGAGAAAAAAAUCAAAACAAAAUCAGUUCAAUGGUCAAAAAUCAAACGGGUCGAAGAAAAUAGUGUGUGGGCGAAUCUAGCAAAAUCUGAAAAUCGACUCGAACUCAAUUUCGAAAUGUUGGACAAUUUUUUCGGAAUUGGUGGAAACGAGGAGAGCGAAACUAAUUUUUUGGCGCAUCAAAAAUCGCGGAAAUCGGAGAAGCUUUCCGUGGAAUUAUUGACAGCAAAAAGAUCGCAGAAUUUGGCGAUUAUGUUAAAACAGUUCAAAAAUGUUGAUGGAUUUUUGGCGGAUUUGCGAGCGAAUAAACCGCUCGUGGAAGCCGACGCGAUUUCGAAUCUGUUCUCGAUUCUACCGGCGGAAGAUGAAGAGGAUGCACUAAGGAGAUAUCCGGGAGAUAUUAAUUUGCUGUCGGCACCUAGUGCAUUUUUCUAUCGAUUGGUUCAGAUUGAUUUUUAUAGAUUACGGUUGGAAUUUUCCGGCGGGAAGAUAAAGAUUCUCUAGAUGCUAAAUACACUAUGAAACGUGGGGGCAAAAUUUCAGUUACUGAAUGGUAACAAUUUUUUCAGAAAAUAUUCAAAUUGAAGUCCUUUCUAAAAUUUCAGCUACAGUAACCGAAGAGUUUGGGGAAAGUUUAAAUGUGAAAUUUUUGCCGAAGUUCAAUAUUUUCAAAUUAUUGACAAAAAUGAUGUUUUCCUAGGUUUCGUCUAUUUUUUUGCAAUUCAGUCGCGCAGUUUUUCUCCCCUAUUUUCCCUUCAAAAACUUCCAAUUUUGCAGCCUCGAAACCCUAAUGUUUCUUUCGGAUUUCUCCCGUCUCAUGCAAGAAUUCGGUCCAAAUAUCGAAACUCUAAUAAUCGCAGCCGAGCAAAUUCUAAAAAGUCGAACACUUCCAAAAAUGCUGCUGAUUUUGGUGAAUAUGGGAAAUUAUUUGAAUUUUAACAAUUCGCAAGGAAAUGCUUCGGGAUUUACUCUAAAUUCCAUGUGGAAAUUGAUUGAUUUGAAGGGAAAUCGACAGGAAUUCUCACUUUUGCAUUUAUUAGUCACAGUAGGUUGAAAUGGGGAGUGGUUUGGGUUUUCUAGGUCGCGAGAAAAAUGCUUGCCCUAGAUUUCUACAAAAAUAGGGUUCCUGAGUCUCAACAUUCGGUCGUUGCGAGACCACAACCUUUUAGAAAAGUGUGCACCUUUAAUUUCAAAAUUCUCCGAGAUUUUUCAAAACCAAAAUAAAAUUUCCAGCACGAUUCAAAUCUAGUCGGCGAGCUGGAAAACGAGUUAUCCAGUGUAAAAGAGGCGGCUCAAAUAAGCUUCGAGGAGAUCAAAAACUCCCUUCGUUCUCUCAAACAAAACCGGUCAAAACUCGAAUUACAACUCGAAAAACGCGAAUCCGAUGCGAACUUCGCGCAAUUCAUCGAAAUUAUCAAAAUCGACUGCAAUUUCGAGUUGAAACAAUUCGAAGAGCGAUACGAAACACUGGUAGAAGUGCAGAAAAAAUUGGCGGGGUAUUUUUGCGAGAAUCCGCAAAGUUUUCAACUUGAUGAAUGCAUAAAAAUCUUCUCGUUUUUAUUAAUUCGAUUACAUCAGACGCAUAAAGAACAUGUUUUGAGGGAAUUAAGAAAAUCAAGAAAAAUUGAGAAAAAUCGAGCUGAAACUAUUAACAAUAAUAAUGAUGAGGAAUUGGAGAAUAUUAUGAGUCAGAAGAAGGAAAAUGUGAACUUAUUUGAUACUUUGGCAAAUUCAAGUUGUUCGAAUAGUGAAAUGUGAGUUUUUGAUUUUCUAGGCUAUGAAAAUAGGGCUUCUAGGUCACGAAUCACCAAGUUUUCAGAACUCGAAAACGCGCCAGUGACAUCCACGACAUUCGCCAAAAACUGGGCAACAUCCGUGUGCGAAAAAUUCGCGACAUUUGCCCGCAAGUCGCAAGCACUGCCGAAAUUCGCGAACCAGUUGUCGCGGCUGAAAAAUCGACUACAGCUGAAAAUUCACCAUCGAAAAUCUCACCGAUCUAUGAAUCAUGCAACGAUCUAGAGUCCUACAUUACAAAUUUGCACAAAAAACGAACAAGUUUUCUGCAGCAGACGACUACGGCUCAAAAAUCGUCUGCUUUUCCUCCUGCUGCUCUAAUUCCAGAAAAAAUCCCUGAAGUUGCCGUUCCCACGCCUUCUACAACAUCGAAGGAAAAACCUACGCCCACCAAAAUCCCACCAACAACAACGACAAAAACCCUAAUCAAAAAACCGCAGCCAACAGUUCGGAUAGUUAGUGUAACUCCGCAAAAAGAGCCGACUUCGAAGAUGGCCGAACUCCGAAGGCCAAAAAUUCUGACAGAACGGAAAAUCACACCACCACCUCCUCCAGCGGUUCAAAAAGUUCCGGUAGUGAAAGUGGCUGCGCCAAGUCGACUUAUUCCGCCACAACAACAAAAACCGCUGGCGAGUCGGAGAGCCAGUGCUCCUGUGGUCCGAAAACCAGUUGUUGAUAUUAAGAAAAAAGAGGUAACUAGAGUUUUGGGAUCAUCAAAAUCUAUUCUGGGAUCAAAAUCAUCACAAAAUAUUUGCAGAUUACUGUCAAACCUACAGUAUCCACAUCAGCCCGCCCAUCUCUGAUCAACACUUGUUCAUCGCCAACAAGUCGAUCAUCUCUCCCCAAAUUGAGUGUCCUCGAAAAACCGAAACCAUUGCGAACUACACCAACUCAUAAACUGACUGGCUGCGGAGCGACAACACCAUCCCCAACACCACAAAAAUCCGGUCUCCGACAACCAUCAAAGCCCAAAUGGAUUUGA